AGUGCCCGGUUCAUCAUCAUGUUGCGGCUGGACACCAAAGCGGGCAUCAUUGUCUCGGGAUGUGCGUCCAUCGCCUUUGCUAUCACCUACUUGGCUUUGAUGGAUGACUACUUCUGGCGACAUGGCAUGUACGAAUUCGGAAUACACAUUUCAGGUCUUCAAAUCUUGGCCAGUUUGGGUCUCAUAGUCGGGGCUGUCAAGAAUAAACAUAAGUUCUUUGUGCCCUGGAUGAUAACCACUGCUUUCUUCAUGUAUCUGAUGGGUUACGUGGCUAUUGCGAGCCUGGUCUACGGGUCAAAUUGGGUAUUUGUUCCCACCAUGAUAGUUCCAUUUACAGUAUUCCUUGGCUAUGCCCUGUACUCGGUGCAAAUAGCCUUCGACAGGAUGCGAAAGGAGGAGCCGCCGGCAUAUACUAAUUUGGAUACCAAGAAGGAUUUUGUCAAUCACAUAUAGAUAUAUAUAUCUUGUAAAUAAGGCCUAACAGUAAUCAAUCAAAUAGGUACAUAAUUUGUGGGCCGAUAAGAUAAACCAAAAAUAUAAAUGAUAAUACUGAAAGUGCGUCAUUUGUAAGAGAGUCGUCCUCCCAGUCGCACAAUAAAACUUGUGAAAUGUUGAAACUGGA